UGAAACUUGAUAUCCCUCCAGUCGAAGUUCCUCCCCUUCUUUAGAAUACCACCGGGCUCCAGCAUUGUUCCUAUGCAGAUUUCCACCCCACGCCGAGUCUUCUACCCGCCCCACUUGGCCACCGAGCCCAGUGUGUUCAAUCUGCUUGUGUCCAAACUGUAACUCAGAAACGAGUGCUGAUUCACUAGCGCGUCCUGGUUCUCUGCAGCGUCACUCUCCUUGAUUCUCAGUCGCCUCAGCGCAUAUUGAGCGAUUGUGGUGUCUGGCAUCUCCAGUCCGCUUUGGAGAAGUUGAGAUUUGGGCUCUGAAGGGCAUUUUAAACGUCCACCAUGGCUGCAGAAGUGCGGCGUAACUCCAUCGCGGUCCCCAUCAAGAACAUUGAGAGGGAGCUCAUCUGCCCCAUCUGCAAGGAACUCUUCACCCACCCGCUGAUCCUGCCCUGCCAGCACAGCGUCUGUCAUAAAUGCGUCCGCGAGCUGCUGAUGCUCAGCCACGACGACUCGUUCGACGCCGGCUCGGAGUGCUCCAUGCCCGGUAGCCCCCGGUCCAGGGUGCCCUCCCCCUCCAUGGAGAGACUGGACCGGCUAGUCCGAUCAGCCGCAGCGAGAAGGUCGUUUGGGCAUCGAGGUAGACGAGGGCACCAUGUUGUGGGUAGCUUAAGUAGUUCCAUGUCGUCCCCCGGCUGGCGGAGGAACUCGGUGACCCCCCGGGUCACGGCCAUCCCGUGCCCGGGCUGCCAGCACGACAUCGAGCUGGGCGAGCGUGGCAUCAGCAUGCUGUUCCGCAACUUCACGCUGGAGAACAUCGUGGAGCGCUACCGGCAGGCGGCCCGCGCCGCCGUGGCCAUCAUGUGCAACGUGUGCAAGCCGCCGCUGCCGCCGCAGGAGGCCACCAAGAGCUGCAUGGACUGCAAGGCCAGCUACUGCAACGAGUGCUUCAAGCUGAACCACCCCUGGGGAACCCCCAAGGCCCAGCACGAGUACGUGGGGCCCACCACCAACUUCAGGCCUAAGGUACUCAUGUGUCCGGAGCACGAGAUGGAGAAGGUGAACAUGUACUGUGAGGUUUGCAGACGGCCCGUCUGUCACCUCUGCAAGCUGGGCGGUUCCCACGCCAACCACAAAGUCACCUCCAUGAGCAGUGCCUACAAGAUCCUCAAGGAGAAACUGGCCAAGAGUAUCCAUUACCUCAUCAGUAAAGAGGACCAGGUCAGGACUCAGAUUUCGGAUCUGGAUGUACUGAUCAAGCAGACUGAGGAAAAUGGGCAACUCUCGGAGCGGGAGGCCAUCGCGCACUUCGACCGGCUGUUCGAAACCCUGCAGGAGAGGAAGACGGAGAUGUUGCGGUCCAUCGAUCAGUCACGCAACCGACGCCUAGACCAGCUAAAGGGCCAGGUGGAGGAGUACCAGGGAAUGCUGGAGAACAGUGGCCUGGUAGGCUACGCUCAAGAGGUUCUGAAAGAGACGGACCAGUCGUGCUUUGUACAGACGGCCAAGCAGCUGCACGUGAGAAUCCAGAGGGCCACAGAGUCUCUUAGGACCUUCCACCCUGCGUCCAACCCCUGCUUCGAUGAGUUUGUGCUGGACACGUCCAAAGAGGAGAUGCUGCUGAAGGAGAUGUGCUUCGGCGGAGUCCCUGACCCUCCUUUGAUUGACCUAUCACGUAGCAGAGUUUACAAUGAAGCCACAAUCUGCUGGAGGCUUUCUGAUGACCACAUAGCUACGGACCACCAGCUCCUGGAAUACCGCAGGCUUGGGGGCCGGGGCCAGUCCCCAGCCCCGCCUCAGGAGGACGGUGUGGACUCGGGGUCCUGGAGGACCACCGAGCGGGUCUACGGCGCCAGCACCGUAGUCUGUGACCUGGAGCCCGACAGCCUGUACGCCUUCAGGGUCCGGAGCUGCCGUAGCUCCAUGUACAGCCCCUACAGCCCGGAGGUCACCUUCCACACCCCCCCCGCCCCAGCGUUCGGGUUCCUCUUCAACGACAAGUGUGGCUUCAGCGCGGAGCGGCUGGUGCUGAGCAAGCGGCGCGACAGCGUGGAGAGCCAGGCGGGCAUGGCCUUCCUGCUCGCCUCGGAGCGCGUGCAGACUGGCAGCUACAUCGGCCUGGAUUACAUCAUAGGGGACAUGGGAAUCACCCAAGGACGUCACUUCUGGGCAUUCCGGGUGGAGGCGCACUCCUACAUGGUCAAAGUGGGCGUGGCCUCGGACACCAAGCUGCUCGAGUGGUUCCACAACCCCAGGGACACCAGCAGUCCUAGGUACGACCAGGACAGCGGCCACGACAGUGGCAGCGAGGACGCGUGCUACGAGCUCUCCCAGCCCUUCACCCUCCUCACACUGGGCAUGGGCAAGCUCUUCAUCCCCAAGGCCUCAGCUUCCUCCGUCUCCUCCUCCUCCGCGCUGGUCUCCACGGCGGCCAGCGAGCGCGUGCUGCCCAUGCCGCAGCGCGUGGGCGUGUGCCUGGACUACGACGCGGGCCGCGUCUACUUCUACGACGCCGACACCAUGAGGUGCCUUUACGAGAGGCAGGUGGAGUGCUCCGGGACCAUGUACCCUGCCUUCGGCCUCAUGGGCGGAGGGAGGGUCCACCUUGAGGACUUCAUCACGGCAAAGAGACUCACCUUCUAGUGGGGGAACGAGGGGGAUGUAAGAAACCGCGCUGGUUUAGGGUCGGGUCUUUCUCGGGGGGCGAGGGGAGACUAUUGGACUGGAAUUGGAACUGUGCUUCUCCAGGAGAGGAGUCCUUAGUUGAGAGGCGGGUGAUUGUCCUGUGUGUGAGGGGGGGUACUCGGCGACAGAGUGCAUGUGUAACACUAGGUCUGGGCUUCUGCUACCGAUGCACACACACCAAAGUCUCUUAACUUAUCUUAAUCAACUGUAACUCCACCCGGCUGUAAUCAACCGCUAUUGUAUACUUGUUCAUUGUUUCAUAAUAGGGCUUCUCAAUUUGCCCUGUCGUAGUACUGUUCGCUAAUGGUUUUAAUUGAUUUAAAUUAUUUUAUUUCUAUUUUUAUUUUAUUUUGGUACAGUCAUGGAUGAAUAUUUGAAUAUUCAUUGGGAUCAAGUGUGUGGUUGUUGGUUUGUGUGUGUGUGUGGGGGGGGGGGGUUUGCGGGUGUGUGUGUGGGUGGGUGUAAUCUUGGGGAAACUUUGAAGCUAGCAUCUUGGUGCCUUCUUUAGAAAAUAGGUAAUUAGUUUGGCUCCAAUGGGCAUAUUUAUUUGUGGUACGUUAAUGCACAAAACUAUAGAAAAUACUGAGGGCAAAAAGUGAUUUCAUGCACAAUUUCAGCACUAAAAUGUUUUUCUUUUUAGACAAUGAUUUCUUUCACUUUUUGUACAUGGUUAGGGUUAGCCAGCCUUGAUUCAUCUGUUCACAAAUAUCUUCAGCUGAAUUUUGCACAUACUUUCUUGCACAUGUUGGAAUUGCUAUCGACCCGUUUGUAUCACCGCCUGGUUGCGUCUUUACUGUGUGUUGUAGGCACAAUGAUUGCAUCACCGUCUCACAUUAACAGAUCUCUCAGCAGUACUGUCUCAACUUGUCUCACAAAGUCACCAAUAUCAUUACAUGCUGACAUUAAUGUUCAGUUGUUCACAACAUUUCACAGUUUGCACUCCGCUACUAAAGCUGUUCUGUUCCAACAUCCAGAAACUACACCCGGGGCACCUUGAACACUGUAGAACUCGUGUUCCCACGUUUGUAGCAGCAAGUUAAUUGGCCCUGCAGAGGUGAAAAGAGAACAUCACAGCUCACUUAUGCAGAACACACAUUUCUGUGGCAUGGCUAGCCACAGAAUUAGUUUACAGUUUAAACAUUUUUUUUUUUUACAAAACAAGUGCUACUACAGAAGUCCUGAUACCCUUGUGGUUUCUUCUUGUGAGAUGUGUACACAUGGCGUCUCAGUGGUUUAGUGGUGUAUCGAGCCUACCUAGCCGAGACAAACAUGUAAGUGGUUGAUUGGUUUUGGUGAGAUCCACCACAGUGUUUAAGUCUAGAAGAGCUCUUGAGGUUAAUCCCCUCAAUCUUUGUGAUUGGGUAAAUGUUAACUCAUGUGUUUGUUUUAGUUUGUUAUGUCUGGAGGUAUAAGGUACUAACUGCGUGUUUUCUCAGGUUUAUUGGCCCUUGCCGGUCUCUGUUGCUACCUACCUCCUAAAGCCCUGGAAAACCUUUACUACACUACCUUUCCUCUCUGAACUUUUUUGUUGCAGCUUUGGUAGCAGUCGGUCCUUUUUUCUUGCGUUGAAUGACCUGUACCUUAGGCUUUUUUAAUUACUAUUUCAACUUUUGCAUACGUGUGUAUAUUAGACAAUAACUUGAGUCAAAUAAAAGUACAUCUUCAAAGUGUCCAUUUUUUUUAUUUUCAUGUUUGUUCAACCUAUUUAACAAUAUACAUUUGGUGAAAGAAUUGUGUAUCCAAGUAAAUGUUAUAUUCUAA